GCAUAUUGGUUACCAGACGGACACACCUUUGAGGCCCAGGUCCGUAGUCGAGCCCCUGCUUGCUCAAGUGGAUAUAUAUGUCAUGGUGCAAAGCAUAUCUUGGUUUUUUUAAGGAUGCAAAUAUAUUUUGUGCUGGAGUAGCACCUCCCAACAGUGAGGGGAAAAGCAAUGAUGCAUUGCCAAUAGCUACUUCCAACAUAGCUCAGCAUGCUGCAAAGGGCACACCGCUAGUCGAUCUUGAGGAUGAGACAGAGAUCGAUGCCCCUGACGAUGCAGCGGGUGAAGAAUCAUGUAAAGAUCUUACUGCACAAGACGAAGUAGAAGAGGCACGUACUGCUAAGAAAUCUGCAGAACCCAAGGCGAGUGCGAGUAAGCGGAAAAGUGAUGCCCAUGAUGGCAUAGAGGGAAAUUCGACUAAGGGAACUCGCACGACCAAAUCCAAACUGGUCAAUGCUUGGGACCCUACUGCAAACAAGGAAUCGAUGGAUAAAUUGAGCUCUGAGAUUAAGCUUCGUGUCGACACCUUCGAGAAGGCUGUCGAUGAUGAUUUUGAUAAUGUACCGUCCUUUGAUCAUGUCCCUGACAAGUACGAGGGGAUGCCCCGCGUCAUCCUGAGAGCUUCGGAUGUUACCAACUUGUCGGGACAGGACUUCUUUUUAUAUGUUAAGCAAGACCUGGAGCUCUUCCAAAAAUUGGCCAAUGCCGAGGAGCUUGACAAGGCUGUUCUUGCUGAGAUGGUAGAGAAGGUGCUUACACGGUGGGAAAAAUUAUUCUCCACACAUAUUAUUGAAGGGAUGGAGAAGAUGGCAGAAGCUCUCAAAGAGUUGAGAGCACUUCUUGUAGGUACUGAUGCUACACUUCCUUCUCCUGAUAUUGAUGGUGUAUCUGCUUAUAAAGGACGAGUUGAGGAAACUUUGAAGGAGGCUGCUGCUAUUCAAGAAGCCAUCCGGAGCAUUUUAUCACAAUUUGACGCCAGCGAGGCUAUCGCCCAGAAGAAGCGUGAUGCUCUCGCUACUACCAGAAAACAGCAAGAGAAGAAGAUUGCUGAUUUGAGAGCGUCCUUGAAGCUAGCCGAAGAAAAGCUCGUGGAGACACAAACCCAAGAAACUGAACUUGAAGCUUUCUUCAAAGACAGCGGGAUUACUCGGCAAGAUUGUUACAACCUUUCUAUCAAUGUGAAGAAGACGGCUGAUCGUGGCGAGCUUGCCAAAGCUGAGGCGGAGAAGCAUAUAGAGUAUGCCGGGGAGAAUUCGAAGUCAUCUCAACCCAAGCCUGUGCGUUCUUUGUUGGCUUACAUGCAGUCUUCUUCAUGCGAGGAGUGAUCUGAGUACUGCACCAGCAGCUUCUUCUUUUUAGCUAUGCUUGAACAUUAGCAUAUUCUUUUUAUCAUCAGACAUCAGUUGAUCUUUGCUUCUGUUUAGGAAGUUAGGAAAUUUUAUAAUUUCUGUCAAGAAUCUUUAUGACUGCUAUUUUUAGACCAUAUAUGCGGUCAUCAGUAGAUCCAUCUGCUAUUAAAUAAUGGAAUGCUAUUUCAAUUCCUGUCA